GUCAGGUCAUCAGCAGAGUGUGUGGAGCUGGAUAAAGGCUUUUUUCUUCUUUUGUUUGUUUGUUCCUGGAGUGCGGCUGCGGUGCGUUUGGAUGUCUUUUCUCCGCACAGAGGACGCAGCGUCACGGCACUUCGCUUCACUCCGCUGAACAGGACAUUCAAAAGCUUAUCUCUUGUUUGUUGUCGGAGUUGUUAGUAUUCCUUGCCACCCCGAAAAAAUUACCAAACUCAAAACGGAUUUAUCCGAACCAAGAAACCGGGUUUUAAUCGAAUCCGUGCCAGCCCUGUGCGCUUUUAGGAUUCUCUGUAAAUGAUGCAAGAGUGGCCCGAGCAGCAUUUUUUCCAAUUAAAACCUCUAGCCUAAGUGUUUCAUUUCAUUCAGUUCUUCUCACAUGACCCAGCGAGUCAGUGGAGAUCGAAAACAUAAAGCAGCAUCUGCAGAAAUUCCGCCUCUCUCUCCUUUCAUUUCGGCUCUCCCUGCGUUAUGUGUAAAGUGUCCAUACACUGCUGGUCAUGCUAUUGUAUUCCGGUUUGAAUCACCUUGACGGAUCAAUUAAUGUAGCACUGGUGGAAGGAGACUUGGAGGUUGUGCUGGGUUACUUGAAUCGGACUUCAACCCCCUCCGUUUUCUCGAAGGAACUGGGUUGUUGUUGGAUAACGUCUCUGCCCGUGGAAUUCUUCUGACUUCUUUUUUUUUUUUUUUUUCCCAUUUAUUCAUCUCCAGAGCUGGAUGUCUGGGAUGGAAAACAAAUAAAGAGGAAAUAGCUGCAGGAUGAAAACAUGGCCGCACCCCUUCUUGCACCCCCAGGACCUGACAGCUUCAAGAAAUUCACCCCUGAGUCGCUCGCUAAUAUCGAGAAGCGCAUCAACGAAGAGAAGAACAAGAAGCCACCCAAGCCCAGAUCGGACAGUAGUCACCGUGACACAUCUGACGACAAUGAGCCCAAGCCCAACAGUGACCUGGAGGCUGGGAAGAGCCUGCCGUUCAUCUACGGAGAUAUUCCUGAUGGAAUGGUGGCCACACCACUGGAGGAUUUGGACCCAUACUAUCUGAACAAGAAAACAUUUAUAGUCCUAAACAAAGGGAAAACAAUCUUCCGCUUCAGUGCCACGCCCUCCUUGUACAUCAUAAGCCCUUUUAAUAUAUUUAGGCGAAUAGCUAUUAAGAUUUUGAUACAUUCAUUAUUCAGCAUGAUCAUCAUGUGUACGAUUUUGACCAACUGUAUAUUCAUGACGUUUAGUGACCCUCCGGAGUGGUCCAAACAAGUAGAGUAUACCUUCACGGGGAUCUACACAUUUGAGUCGCUCACAAAAAUAGUUGCUCGAGGUUUUGCUAUCGAUGGCUUCACCUUUCUCAGAGACCCCUGGAACUGGCUGGACUUUAUGGUCAUUUCAAUGGCAUAUAUAACAGAGUUUGUGGACCUUGGGAAUGUCUCGGCGCUGAGAACGUUCAGGGUUCUCCGAGCAUUGAAAACAAUUUCUGUCAUUCCAGGCCUGAAGACCAUUGUGGGCGCUCUGAUCCAGUCUGUGAAGAAGCUGUCGGAUGUGAUGAUCCUGACUGUCUUCUGUCUCAGCGUGUUUGCUCUGAUUGGACUGCAACUUUUCAUGGGGAACCUGCGGAAUAAAUGUGUAAUCUGGCCAAUCAACAUGACGGCGCAGUACCCCGGAAAUGGCAGCAGGAGCUUUGACUGGGGUGAAUACAUCAUGAACGACUCUAAUUUCUACUUCCUCCCUGGUCAGCUUGAUGCUCUACUAUGUGGAAAUAGUUCUGACUCAGGACGAUGCCCAGAGGGUUUUUUGUGUAUGAAAGCUGGAAGGAACCCCAACUAUGGUUACACCAGCUUUGACAGCUUUGGAUGGGCUUUCCUGACCCUGUUUCGCCUCAUGACCCAAGACUUCUGGGAAAAUCUCUACAUGCUGACUCUCCGAGCGGCUGGGAAGACCUAUAUGAUCUUCUUUGUGCUGGUCAUCUUUGUGGGAUCCUUUUACUUGGUCAAUCUCAUCUUGGCUGUGGUGGCCAUGGCUUAUGAGGAGCAGAACCAGGCCACAAUGGAGGAGGCGGAACAAAAAGAGGCUGAAUUUAAGGCCAUGCUGGAACAGCUCAAGAAACAGCAAGAAGAGACACAGGCUGCUGCCAUGGCGACAUCUGCCGGUACGGUGUCAGAAGCUGCAUUAGAGGAUGAAGGAGGGGGGCACUUGUCCCGCAGCUCCUCCGAGGUCUCCAAACUGAGCUCGAAGAGUGCCAAAGAGCGGCGAAAUCGAAAGAAGAAAUGGCGUCAGAAAGAGCAAGAGAAAGAGAAGGGAGAUAGUGAGAAAGUGGUUAAGUCUGAGUCUGAUGAUGGCAGCAAGAAAAGCACCAUUCGUUUCCCAGGAAGUCGACUGGGGAGGAAGACAUCCAUCAUGAACCAGUCACUGCUCAGCAUCCCAGGCUCACCCUACAUGUCGCGCCACAACAGCCGCAGCAGCAUCUUCAGCUUCAAAGGCCGUUCCAAGGACAUGGGCUCAGAGAAUGAGUUUGCGGACGACGAGCAUAGCACUGUAGAGGAGAGCGAAGACCGCCGGGGCUCCCUGUUUAUACCGUACCGUCGCAACAGCUACAGUGGCUACAGCCAAGGCUCCUCCCGCAUCCAUCCACUGGCACCCCACUCUGGAGGGAAGAGGAACAGCACAGUGGACUGCAAUGGCGUGGUGUCUCUCAUCGGCCCGGGGCCCGGCAGACGGCUUCUGCCUGAGGUGAAAAUAGAUAAGGCAGCCACUGAUGACAGUACUACAGAUUUGGAGAUUAAGAAGAAGCACGGUGGCUCUCUCAUGGUAUCUGUGGAUCAGCUCAACUCCUCAUUCAAAGGAAAGGACCGUGCCAACAGUCAGAUGAGCGUAGUCACCAACACACUGCUAGAAGAGCUGGAGGAGUCUCAGAGGAAGUGUCCUCCCUGCUGGUAUAAGUUUUCUAACAUGUUCCUCAUCUGGGAGUGCUGUCCCAUCUGGCUAAAGAUCAAGCACAUCGUCUACUUGAUUGUCAUGGACCCAUUUGUUGACCUGGCCAUCACCAUCUGCAUUGUCCUUAAUACCCUUUUCAUGGCCAUGGAGCACUACCCCAUGACUGAGCAGUUUGAGGGAGUCUUGGCUGUCGGCAAUCUGGUUUUCACGGGAAUCUUUGCUGGUGAGAUGUUCGCCAAGCUUAUCGCCAUGGAUCCCUACUACUAUUUCCAGGAAGGCUGGAACUGCUUUGAUGGCUUCAUUGUUACUCUAAGUUUAGUUGAGUUGGGGCUGGCUGAUGUGGAAGGCCUGUCAGUGCUCAGGUCUUUCCGAUUGUUAAGAGUGUUCAAACUGGCCAAAUCAUGGCCCACACUCAACAUGCUAAUCAAGAUCAUCGGUAACUCAGUGGGAGCUCUAGGUAAUCUGACUCUGGUGUUGGCCAUCAUUGUCUUCAUCUUUGCCGUGGUGGGCAUGCAGCUGUUCGGAAAAAGCUACAAGGACUGCGUGUGUAAGAUCGCACAGAGCUGUGAGCUGCCUCGCUGGCACAUGAACGACUUCUUUCACUCCUUCCUCAUUGUGUUCCGAGUGUUGUGUGGCGAGUGGAUUGAGACCAUGUGGGACUGUAUGGAGGUGGCAGGACAGACCAUGUGUCUGACUGUCUUCAUGAUGGUCAUGGUUAUUGGAAACCUGGUGGUGCUGAACCUGUUCCUGGCCCUGCUUCUGAGCUCAUUCAGUGCAGACAACCUCGCUGCCACAGAUGACGAUGGUGAGCCUAACAACCUCCAGCUAGCGGUCGCCCGCAUUAAAAAGGGGAUUGCCUGGUUCAAGGUCAACAUGCGAGUCUUUGUGGCCACAGUGCUCAAGAAGCCUAUAGAAGAUGAAGAGAAGCCACUGGGUGAUAUAUAUGAGAAGAAGCUCAACUGCAUUGCAAACCACACAGUGGACAUCAACCGCGAACUGGACUAUGCUAAAAAUGGAAAUGGCACCACCAGUGGCAUUGGGAGCAGUGUGGGAAAGUACAUGAUUGAUGAGGACUACAUGUCCUUCAUCCACAACCCCAACCUGACUGUCUGCGUUCCGAUCGCUGUUGGCGAGUCCGACUUUGAAAACCUAAAUACAGAGGACUUCAGCAGUGAAUCGGAUGUGGAGAACAGCAAAGAUCUGGAUGACACCAGUUCAUCUGAGGGCAGCACAAUAGACAUUAAGCCCGAUGUGGAGGAAGUGGCAGUGGUGGAGGUUGUGGAGGAGUAUCUAGACCCAGACGCCUGCUGGACAGAUGAAUGCGUGGCCAAAUACAAGUGCUGUGAUGUUCCGAUCACCCACGGUUGGGGAAAACACUGGUGGUUCCUGAGGAAGACCUGCUACCUGAUAGUAGAACACAACUGGUUUGAAACUCUCAUCAUCUUCAUGAUCCUGCUCAGCAGUGGAGCCCUGGCCUUCGAGGACGUGUACAUAGAACAGAGGAAGACAGUUAAAAUUAUUCUGGAGUAUGCUGACCGGGUUUUCACCUAUAUCUUCAUCCUGGAGAUGUUGCUGAAAUGGGUGGCCUACGGCUUUGUCAAGUACUUCACUAACGCCUGGUGUUGGUUGGACUUCUUCAUUGUAGAUGUGUCUAUAGUCAGCCUUAUAGCUAAUGCGUUGGGCUUCUCCGAUCUAGGCCCGAUUAAAUCACUCAGGACACUGAGGGCCUUGAGACCCCUCAGGGCCCUGUCACGUUUUGAAGGGAUGAGGGUUGUAGUGAAUGCCUUGGUGGGUGCAAUUCCCUCCAUCAUGAAUGUGCUGCUGGUGUGUCUCAUAUUUUGGCUCAUCUUCAGCAUCAUGGGCGUCAACCUGUUCGCUGGGAAGUAUUAUUACUGUUACAAUGAAACAGCAGAGGAGAACUUUUUGCCGGAGGAUGUGAACAACAAAACAGAGUGCUUUGCGCUCAUCAAUGCAAAUUACAGUGAAGUCAGAUGGAAAAAUGUCAAGAUCAAUUUUGACAAUGUGGGUGCCGGAUACCUGGCACUCCUGCAAGUGGCAACAUUCAAAGGCUGGAUGGACAUUAUGUAUGCAGCAAUAGAUUCUAGAAAAGUGGAGGACCAGCCCCGCUACGAGGACAACUUAUACAUGUACAUCUACUUUGUCAUAUUCAUUAUCUUCGGCUCGUUCUUCACCCUAAACCUCUUUAUUGGUGUCAUCAUUGAUAACUUCAACCAACAGAAGAAAAAGUUUGGAGGUCAAGACAUCUUCAUGACUGAAGAGCAAAAGAAAUACUACAAUGCCAUGAAGAAACUGGGGUCAAAGAAACCACAAAAACCAAUACCCAGGCCUCAGAACAACAUCCAGGGCAUGGUGUUUGACUUCGUGACGCAGCAAGUGUUCGACAUCUCCAUCAUGAUCCUCAUCUGCCUCAACAUGGUCACUAUGAUGGUUGAGACAGACGAUCAGUCAAAGGAGACGGAAGACGUGCUUUACUGGGUCAACUUCAUCUUCAUUGUGGUCUUCACCGGCGAGUUCUUACUGAAGCUGUUUGCACUUCGUCACUACUACUUCACCAAUGGCUGGAACAUCUUUGACGUGGUUGUGGUCAUCCUGUCAAUUGUGGGAAUGUUUCUGGCUGAGCUGAUUGAGAAAUACUUUGUGUCACCGACGCUGUUCAGGGUGAUCCGCUUAGCUCGUAUCGGCAGAAUCCUGCGUCUCAUCAAGGGUGCCAAAGGAAUCAGAACUCUGUUGUUUGCCCUCAUGAUGUCACUUCCUGCAUUGUUCAACAUCGGACUGCUGCUUUUCCUGGUCAUGUUCAUCUUCUCCAUCUUUGGCAUGUCCAACUUUGGCUAUGUGAAACACGGGGCUGGGAUUGAUGACAUGUACAAUUUUGAGACCUUUGGCAACAGUAUGAUCAUCCUGUUUAUGAUUACCACGUCGGCAGGCUGGGACGGCCUACUGCUGCCCAUUCUCAACUAUCCUCCAGACUGUGACCCUUAUUUGGAGAAUGCUGGAACCCCUGCCACUGGAGACUGUGGCAACCCAUCCGUGGGCAUCUUCUUCUUUGUUAUGUACAUCAUCAUUUCUUUCCUGAUUGUGGUGAACAUGUAUAUCGCCAUCAUCCUGGAGAACUUCAGCGUGGCCACAGAGGAGAGUGCCGACCCACUGAGUGAGGAUGACUUUGAGACCUUUUAUGAAAUCUGGGAGAAGUUCGACCCUGAUGCCUCCCAGUUCAUCACUUAUGCCAAGCUUUCUGACUUUGCUGAUGCACUCGAACACCCACUCCGCGUGCCCAAGCCGAAUACGAUUGAGCUGAUCGCCAUGGACAUGCCCAUGGUGAGUGGAGACCGCAUCCACUGCCUGGACAUCCUAUUUGCCUUCACAAAGCGUGUGCUGGGCGACAGCGGCGAGCUGGACAUGUUGAGGCAACAAAUGGAGGAGCGUUUUGUGGCAGCCAAUCCCUCUAAAGUCUCUUAUGAGCCAAUCACCACUACUCUGCGGCGCAAGCAGGAGGACGUGUCAGUCAGAAUCAUUCAGAGGGCCUACCGCGUCUACCUGGCGAGACGGGGUUUUGUAUAUAAGCGCAAACCGGCCAAUAACAAAGUGGAGAAUGGUGGUAACAAUCAGGAACAAGAAAAGAAGGAGGGCACCCCCUCCACUGCCUCCUUGCCCUCUUAUGACAGUGUAACCAAACCUGACAAGGAGAAACAGGAUGACAACAAUGAGGGCAAAGGGGGGAGGAAAGAGAAGGGAAGAAACCAAAAAGACAUCAGGGAAUCUAAAUGUUAGGGCGGUGGAUUAAUAAUCACAGUAAUAACAAUAAAGAUUAUAACAAUGUAACUUCAAGCAAAGCGAGAGGAAACUCACCCACACAGAUGUACAGAUUAUUUCAUUUGCAAGUCAAGAAAAAAAUACUAUUCAAUAAUUUUGUUUACAGACUUCAUUCUUAUAUUGACGCAGAGGGACGCACCUUGGUCUGUUACAGCUUGAAGACUCUCAAACUUUACUCAAACCAAACAUAAUCAGCAUACUGUGUGACACUGUUGUAUUUAGACUACCGAGCUUAACAAAAGGAAAUGAAAACAGAUGAGGAAAUGUCUGUUGCUCACUUACCACUGGUCUAUAGAUAAGACACGUAACUCUGCACCUAGAGGUGGAACGGGAGAAAAAAAAACAGGAGUCCAGCGCCUGGACGCAACUAACGGAUUCCUAUGGAAGACAGUAAUGUGAAAGAAAAACGAGGACAAUGCUUGACGCUGAUGAACUGCAACCAGCGAUUGUUUCCAUGUCGUUUAGUGCUGAAAAGCAUAGAGGAGCAUAUGAUACACUCACUCUAUGAGUAAACAGAAGGAUGACUGGUGAGUGAAAGACACAAACAAUAUAGAGAGUGUGGGAAGUACUUUUUUUUGUUUUAUCAAAGCUAGAAAUUGUUUAUUUGAGCAGCGAAAAUGCAAACAGAAAAAAUGAACAAUCUUCAACAGUUUGCCCAUGUCACACAACUCUUGUACUCAUUUUAUCUUUGUUAUACGCACAUCCAAAUGCUUUUUUUUUUACAUGGGCUUUCACACCAAAUUGGUUAAGGGUCUGUUUACUAUGGGGUCAACUCGGGCCAAGGGCUUACAUUUACUCAGAAAGAUUUCCAAACAAAUACAUAAAGUAAUUGUGCUUGUUCAAUGCAAUAGAAAUGACUUGCAUGAUGGCAUGUUUUGAUCAGAAAUCUUGCAUGAAUUAUCAUAGUCCACAAGACACUAAUACUCAGACCACAAUGGUGACCUCGACUGUACGACACAUCGAGACACUGUCAAAAAUUGGAAGAGUUCAGAGUAAUUUGUUCAACAAAGAUAAGUGAUAUGAGGGUUGAUCAUCUGAAAUGGAUCCAAAUUUUUAUCUCAUCACUCAACACAUUUCAGAUGUUUAACGGGUUGCUUCUGUAUGGGUAAAUGACACUACAAUUAGUGGUAAUCCAAACAAUGAUUUUGCUGCUCUGGAGAUUUUGAGUGUGUAGGAUGUCAAAAAAAAGCGUGUGUAUCAUGGGACUGAAGUGUUUGUUAAUUUGGACUAACUAUUUUCAAGGGUGCAACACUUUGAAACUAAAAAGCUUUUAUUUCUAAUUUGUAUGCAACUCUGUAAUGUUCCAUACCAUCUGCCUUUAUGUUUGUUGUGAGCGGGCAUUUUAGGAGUCCUACUGUCAGUGGUCUGAGGGGAUUUCACAGGUACGGCAAACUCCUUUCUAUUUCUGAUGUUUCUCAAUGGGUGGUUAGACCUUUCUGAAAGGGCUGGGAAAAGUUCAUUGUUUGAGUUCAUGUAGCUUAUUUACAUAUGUUCAAAUGUAAAUGCCCUUUUUAUUUUUAUUUUCCUUCUUUGUUUGUUUGUUUGUUUCUUUCUUUCUUUCUAUUCCUCCCCAAUGUAAGUUUCAUGUUUUGGGUGUUGAGGUUAGGCGUUGAGAGGAUAGUGGUCUUGUGCUGGGCUCUAUUUGUCGGGUGUUAUUAGUAUCUUGUUUUAAUGAGAAACUGAAGAAUAUUCUGGAAGAGUAAUGAGAACAUUGUGUGUGGAGAAGCCAAAGAGAUCUGCCUUGUUAUCCCUUGUUGCCCUUUGUCUACGGAGUGGGAUCGGGUGAAGUAUGCCCCACCCAUUCUGUUUUAUUCACUGUCGUUAUUAGACAGAGAGACCCUAGAAAUGUAUGCAAUGCUUGAAAAAUUCAUCCCUUUUUCUCAGGAGAUAUUAUAGAUGUACAAUUAUGAGCUCUGCAACAAAAUGCAAGUGAAUGUGAUGGGAGUAUUUAUGAAAUCAUGAUUUACUCUUUUAGUUUUAUGCCAUGUUGAUGGACAAUGAUCACGGGUUGGCUGUCCCACCCUGACAGCCUCCCGGUCAGGGGCCAGUUUGGCGCUUCUUGCUUGUGACGCUUAGCACUAUAGGGCUAGAAGCAUCUCGAUGAAGCAGCAACAUGGCGCUCGCCUGUAAUGGCGGCGUGUAUAUUGAUAGAGGAUUACAUUUGUGGUCAUCAUGGACAGUAGUCUGGUCUAAGUUAAUUUCAGUGAGCAAAAUAAUAAUAUUCACCCCAAUAGCAAACACAGGUACAGGAAACACUGUGAGGAGAUGUCAUGAGAGUGAAUUGGGAUAUGUUGGUUUGGGCAAUGCACUUGAUUUUUUCUGAAGCAGAAGUGGAAGGCUCAGUGGAUAGGCCCCAGACUUCAGUAGUGAACAGCAGCGAGUGCUCUGAGCCACUCAUUUGCCAUUUUUCUUCACAUUGCUCUGCUGCAUUACAAAUACCAAAUAACCAACAGAGCACUGGAUGCAUUUUUAUGGUACUGUGAGCCUAAGCACCACACCUGAGCUUUUGCACUUCCUGUUCUGCUGUGAUGUCACUUCCUGUUUAUGAAUAACUCCCUCAUUUUCGUUUUCAAGUUCCAUGGUCCAGUUGCUGCAUGAGAUCUCCAAAAUCAGUGUGGGUGUUAACUUGAACCAAAUAAAACUCUGAAUGAUAAGCAUAAAAGCUACUGCCGUCCAUUUUCUCCAAGGUCGUCGUGGAUAUAAGAUGACAGGGAAAAGAAAAUUAAAAAAAUAAAUAAAUAAAAUACACAUACAUCCAUUAGGGGGAGAAAAUAAUAAAAACAAAAAAAAAGAAAGAAAGAAAAAAAAUCAGGCUAUGUUCCAUAGGGCACAAACUUCAAAAAGCUAAGACUGGACUUUUUAAGAAACUAUAAAUAAUGUAAUAUAUUAUUUUAACAGCAUGUGUAGUUUUUUUGUAAAUACAGGAUUACUUAAAAAAACUACAGCUAUUAAUCUAACACUAAAUAUUAAUAACCAUAAAUAGAAUGGCUUCCAGCUGACACCCCUUUGUCACCCAUGUUAGGCUGUGACGCAUUUGUUAGAAUGGGAUAGAUUAUUCUUCUUAGUAUUAUUUAUUUUUGAGUCACUUUUCACAAAAAAAAGAGGGGAGUAAGCUAAACGAAUCUAUAUUAAAAAGAAAAACUAUUUAAAACUGUAUAAAUCACUACGUACAUGUAAAGAGCUAUAUUACAUAUAUAUUAUAUAUAUAUAUAUUCCACCUUUUGUAUAUAUAUGUAUGUAUAUAUAUAUAUAUAUAUAUAUAUAUAUAUAUAUAUAUAUAUAUAUAUAUAUAUAUAUAUAUAUGUAUAUAUAUAUAUAUAUAUAUAUAGUAUAUAUAUACAUAGAACAAUGACUGUAACUCAACUCUCCUGUUCACUCCUUGCAUUGAGGUGAAACCAGAGUGUAACUGAUCACGCUUCUUUCUUUGUGGUAUGUUCAGAGAAUAACCAAAACUCUGGCCUGCCCAGGACUUCUGCAUACUGGGUACCAGCGUACAAUGCAUGGUGUUGUACUGGCUGCUUGCUGAGAAUUUGUGGAGCCUGCCUUGGUGAGAGGAUUGCACUACCAGCAUACCCUUUUGUACACGUGUGAAGAUGUCUUGCCCCUAGUUUCCUAUAUUGUACACACAAAAAUAUACAGACACACACACACUCAUAGGCUUUUUCAGGCGAUGGCUGCUUAACCAGUGCGAGCCGCGCAACUAACUUUGUGUGAACAAUUUUUCGCUUGCUGCAGCACUAACCCUUCAUGUCUUCCCGGUAACACACUGCUGCAGCUUGCAGUUAAUUUCGCUGUCACUUUCAAUAUGAUAUAUUUAAUGAUUUUAAGGGUUAGUUGUCUUAACUGUCUGUGUGUUUGUUUAUGGUGCAAUAUCUCUUAACGGCACGUGCCUUUUUAGCUUUCUAUUUAGUCUGUCUAUAAAAUCAGCAUUGAGGAUCUCAACACCCAUGAGAGUGAAUCAUCAAAACUGGAGCACGAUAGAAAUGAUGUACUGAGUUCAAAAUAAAAACUGAAAACUCACCACCUAGAUUAGACUGUCUGGACUAACAUCUUGUAGAGUCAUGUAGUACAAGUGCUCUCUCUGUGUGUGUUCUGUUUACUGGCUCUUCUCAGGCCAGUUAGGACAACAAGCUUGCCUUCUGUUUUACACUUCUGUUCAUUUCCAAAUGUUGGUUUACCAGUCGGUAUAUGAGGCCAUUCUUUUGUAGCAUGACUGAAAUAAUUUUCUUUUCUUUGAAAAUAGGUUAAUAGGAAAAAAAAUGACACAAAAGAUAAAUAAAUAACAUUUUGACUGUCAUUUUCUCUUGCCACUAAUACAGUCAGAAAGUGGACAUGUGUUGCACAACAACAUGGGACAAUUAAACAAGAAUCAGUGAAAGAAUGUCUUCAUUUGAGCACGAAUCUAUUUCCAAACAAUAAAGCAGCCUUCAAGUUA